AUACAAUACUCGGAUGGUGAACAUGCAGGUACCGGUAGGAAGUAGCACAAAGCAACUUGCCCUAUUGAUACGGCCUUAACCUAUAGCCCUUACUGGAUAACAAUAAAUAGCUAAUGAAUGUUUGCGAAACUGGUGAAAACGACUCUUACGCGUUGCUCUUUUGAGGGAUACCGGUACGCAAACAGCAUGCAAGCAUAUGCCUUAUCCUGUCUAAGUAACCUAGCCACUAGUAAGCCCAAGGAGUACUGCAAUGCUUAACGUUAUACAUUACAUUGCAAAAUGCGGUCGGCACUGCUUCCUCCUCCCCGAACCAGUGUGCGCAACAUCAUUAAGCCAUGUUUGCACGGAAGGCUUGUAAGGUCUGGUCGCCGGUUGCGACCUUAUCACCCAUUCCAUACCAGCGGCCCUCAAUCUUCGGCCCCGGUGCUGAUUCACCUUAAGCAGCUGCCCAAAGCCCCCCUGGCGCCUGCUGCUGCUGCUGCCCAGGAACCUCCUCCCCAGCAGCGCAGGGAGACCUCCACCGCCCGCAGCAGCAGCAGCAGCGGAAGGGGCGGAGGCAGCAGCGGAAGGGUCGGAGGCAGCAGCGGAAGGGGCGGUGGCAGGGGCAGCAGAGGGGCCGCACCUGAAUCCAGGCACGGGGCAGCUGGGAGGGGUGGUGGCAACAGGGAGGCAGGAGGGCAGGACGUGAAGCCGCCGCAGUGGGGCCGCCAGGGUGGGAGAGGAGGCGGAGGCCGCGGGCACGGUGGCCCCGCCCGCGGGAGCUGCAGUGCGGAUGCGCUACGGGGCGCUCCCGACCUGCGCACCCUCAUGGCAUUGAUUGAGGACCUGGCGCCGGCCUGGGCGGCAGCAGGGGACGUGGACAGCCUCCGGACUGCGUUCUCAGUCCUUGUCAGGCUCGGCUCCCGCCCUGGUGCCGACACGCGGCUGCUGCCCCGCGCCCUCACCACCCUGGCAGCCGCCUACCUGCCACUGGUGCCGGGACUGGGGGACGCAUUCUCGUGUGUGGCCCCGUUGUAUGCCUGUGCCAAGCUGGGCUUCUGGGAGGGGCAGCUGCCGGCAGCACUGCUGGAGCGGCUGGGGCGGGAUGGCGGGAAGCUGAUGCAUGGGGCUACUGCGCAGGGGCACAGCAACCUGUGGUGGUCUCUGUCAUCGGCCGACGCACCCCCGCACCUCAUAACCCUAGCGGACGGCGCCCUGAAUGCAAGUGCUGUGUGUUUGGAGCAGAUGCGACCCUCAGAGCUCGGCCCGCAAGCCUGCUCCAACAUCCUGCUGGCAUGUGCCCGGCUGCAGCGCCGCCACGACCCCCUGCUGCACCACCUGACCGCCUGCCUGGUGCAGCUGCCGGACGCCAAGUGCCAGGAGCUUGCCAACUCACUGUAUGCGCUGGGAAAGCUGGCAGAGAGCUGCGGGCAUAAGCCUCGGCAGCAGGACCUACGCAGCCUGGCGGGUAGGGUCUUGCAACGGCUGUUGUCACAGCAGCCGGGCAGGCAACAUGGUGAAGGCUUCCAAGGCGACGCGGACCGCUUUGUGCCUCAAGCGCUGUCCAACAUGUUGCUGGGGUGCGCCAAGCUGGGCUUCUCACAACCCGAACUUGUUCAGUCGAUGGCAGCUGCACUUGCGGGCAGCAGCCAACGAGUUGCGGAACAGCAGCUGGCCAAUGCAUUGUAUGCACUGGCUGCGUUGGGGUGCUCCGGUGCUGGGUUUACCUCGGCCACGAAGCAGCUUUUUGACGAGGUGCGAUGGCGUCUGCACAGCACACCUGGUCACUUCAUUCCCCAGCACCUGUCCAACCUGCUGUGGGCCCUGGAGCGGCUACGGCCGGGGGGGCAGCAAGAGGCGCUGUUGCAGGAGGCCCUGGCAGCAGAGUGCAGGCGCCGCCUGUUCGCGGGCUUCAAGCCUCAGGAGCUUGGGAACGCGGCCUGGGCGCUGGCCAGGAUGGGCUUCAGCGAGCAGGACUGGUACGAGGCAGCUGUGGCAGCAGCACUGGUCUCAGGUGCCAUGAGGGGGGCAAAUGCGCAGGCAUGGGCGAACAUGUGGUAUGCCCUAGCGCUGGUCCGGCACAGGCCUCCGGACGCCUUGAUGGAGGCUACUACAGCAGCUCUGAGGGAGGUUACAGCAGCAGCAGCAGCAGCAGCAGGGGAUAAUAACGGUAACGGUGGGAAGCAUGCGAGCGGUGGACGUCUACUUGGUCCAACCCCCCAGGCCUGCUCCAACCUGCUGUGGUCCCUGGCCACACUGGGUCUCUACCAACAGCA